AUGCAUAGCAUCAAUUCAGAUGGCGAGGAGAGAGAGACGACGAUCGCAGAGGCACCUCAGAAGCAACCUAGUCCCAGCCACGCAAAUGACGACGGGAUGAAGAGGGGGGAGAGUGAGGAGCAGCACGAGGCCUCCGCUCCCUCCGAUCCCUCCCCCUCCUCCCCGCCUCCCGCCGUCCGCUGGUCCGUUGCGCCGUGCACGGGGGGGGGGCUUGAGGGGCCGCCGCGGCUUGAGAUCGCGCCCGCACCAGGGGAAGCGGAAGGGUGGGAGGCCGCGCCGAGUCCGGGGAAGGCGCGGGAGUGGGGGGAGUGGGGGGAGUCGGCGGAGUGGGCGGAGGUAGAUCUGCGCGGCAUCACUCUGACCAAGGAGAUUGCGCGGGGUUCGUCCAGCGUGGUGUACAGAGGCGUGUACCGCAAGAAGAACGUUGCUGUGAAGGUGGUUGACCUAGGCAGCGACGACGGCUCAUCGCUGCACGAGGUGCAGGACAGGAGGGCGGCGCUCAUACGGGAGGUGAUUAUAUGGAGCCGACUCUCGCACCCCCAUAUUGUGCCGGUGAUAGGAGCGCACAUCCCCCUGCUGUCCCCCGAGGCCCACCCGUCCCCGUCCCCCCGGACGCCCAGGCAGCAGAGGGUGGACUCGCGCCUGCGGGGCGAGCAGGCGUGUGUUGUGAGUGCGCUCAUCGGCACGGGCGUGACUCUCAAGGAGUAUCUCGCCCGCACUGCCAGGGAGAGGCGCAAGCUGCCUCUGCACAUGCUUGUGGACCUGGCAAUGCAGCUUGCCAAGAGUCUCGCCUUCCUGCACUCCUUGCGUGUGGUGCAUGGGGACGUGUGCCCCGACCACGUGCUGCUCGACUCCACCUUACGACUCCAUCUCGCGGGCUUCGCCUGUGCUUCUAUCGAGGGCGACCUCGCCUACAGUCACGCGGGCAGAGGGGAGGAACGAGGCAACCCGAAUUACAUGGCGCCUGAGGUGCUCAACUCCCUCCCAUACGACCGCCAGGCGGACGUGUUUAGUUUUGGCAUGUGUCUGUGGUCCAUGCUCUCCUGUGAGCCGCCCUUCCCCAAGUGUGACUAUAACGAGAUCUCCGACCUAAUGCAACAG